AUGUACUUCUUCCUUGGUAACCUGUCCUUGGUGGAUGUCUGCUUCACCUCCACCAACAUCCCCAAGAUGCUGGAGAACAUCCAGACACACAGCAGAGCCAUCAGCUAUGCAGGUUGCAUCACACAGAUGUUCUUCUCCAUAAUCUUUGCAGAAUCCGAUGGAUUUCUUCUGGCUGUGAUAGUGUAUGAUAGGUUUGUGUUCAUCUGUCACCCCCUGCACGACAUGGUCAUCAUGAAUCUUUCACUUUGUGUGCAGCUGGUUCUAUUGUGCUGGACCAUCAGUGUCCUGGAUGGCAUCUUACACAGCUUACUUGUCCUGAGGCUGAGAUUCGACACAUACAUGGAAAUCCCCUACUUCUUCUGUGUGAUAAAUCAGAUGGUCCACAGAGGCUGUUCUGACACCUUUCUCAAUGACCUCAUGAUGUACUUUACAGCUGUGCUGCUGGCAGGAGGUCCUCUCUCUGUGAUCCUGUACUCCUACUCCAAGAUCAUCUCCUCCAUCCGUACCAUCUCAUCAAACCAGGGCAUGAAGAAAGCCUUUUCCACCUGUGCCUCUCACCUCUUGACCAUCUCCCUAUUUUAUGGCACAGGACUAGGUAUGUUAUGA